AUGGAAAGGAAACGAAGCUACGAGGACUUCACGUUCAUGGCCAGUACCAUGUUCAGGACCCUGGGCUACGAUUUAAUGGACUCACCCAAACCCCUGUGGCAAAAGUUACUCCUUCGCAGCUAUUUCCUUCUGUGUAUAGUGAGCAACUGCUAUGAGGCCUCCUUUGUGACCUACAGGAUCCUGCAGUGGACAUCUGUGGCUGGAAGUCCCUCGAAGAUAAUGCGACAAGCUCUGCACUUUUUCUACAUGUUCAGUGCCCAGAUAAAGUUCGUAACCUUUAUGAAAUAUCGAAAAGAAUUGCGAUCGCUAAACCAGCAACUGAAAGAUCUGUAUCCCCACGAUGAAGGCAAGCAAAAGGAGUACAAUGUCAAUAGGUUUUAUCUCUCGCGAGCCACUCGAUAUGUCCUGUAUUUCUACUACUUUGUGAUGGUAUUCAUGGCACUGGGUCCUCUCCUGCAGUCUUGCAUUAUGUACCUGAUCCGGUAUGGUAAGGCAGAGUUUCUAUAUCUUAGGAUAUUUCCUACGCAGCUCAGCUUUAACACGGAGACCCCGCUGGGUUAUAUCUUGGGCUAUGUUAUAGACUUAACCUACAGUCAGUUUAUCGUAAAUGUCAGCCUGGGCACAGAUCUCUGGAUGAUGUGUGUCUCCAGUCAGAUUUCCAUGCAUUUUGCUCAUUUGGCAAAGUUAAUUGCCGAAUAUCGUCCAAGUUUAGAACGGGAACAACAGGACUGCGAUUUUUUAGCCAGUGUGGUGAGGAGACAUCAAGUUAUACUCAGCUUACACAAGGACUUGAAUCGAAUAUUUGGACUUUUAUUGGCCUCGAACCUUUUUACCACUGCCAGUGUCCUCUGCUGUAUGGCUUUUUACACUGUUGUGCAAGGCCUAAAUAAGGAGGGCAUCUCCUAUUUAAUGCUAUUUGGCAGUGUGGCAGCCCAGUUCUAUGUGGUCAGCUCCUAUGGUCAAAUGUUAAUUGAUUUGAGUACAAAUAUAGCUGUGGCUGCCUAUGAACACAAAUGGUAUGAAGGCGGCCUGAGAUACAGAAAAGAUCUGGUCUUUGUGAUCGCUCGGGCCCAGCGUCCAGCGGAAAUAUCAGCCAGGGGUUUAUAUAUAAUUUCCUUUGAUACUUUCAAAACGUCAAUGUCUAUUACAUAUCGAUUCUUUGCGGUCAUGCGUCAAACUGUGGGAAAGUAG